UUCAAGCAUACAUCUCAAGCACUUGCUCUUAUCCACACACUCAAACAAUGGAAGCCACUUCUUGGUUAACAUAUGCAGCAGCCUGGCUGGGAGCUCUAGCCCUACUCCUCCUCUCCCUCCAUCUCCGCCGCCGCAAGCUUAAGUUGCCACCCGGUCCAAAACCCUGGCCCAUCAUUGGAAACCUCGACCUCAUAGGCAAUCUCCCUCACCGCUCCAUCCAUACCCUCUCCCAAAAGCAUGGGCCCAUCAUGCAGCUCAAAUUCGGGUCCUUUCCUGUCGUCGUAGGGUCAUCGGUGGAAAUGGCCAAAGCCUUCCUUAAAACCCAUGAUGUCACCUUCGCCGGGCGGCCAAAGAUUGCAGCGGGCAAACACACCACCUACAACUACUCGGACAUCACUUGGUCCCCUUACGGCCCAUAUUGGCGCCAAGCACGUAAAAUGUGUGUAAUGGAGCUUUUCAGUGCCAAGCGGCUCGAGUCCUAUGAGUACAUUAGGAAAGAAGAAAUGCAUGCAUUACUUAGAGGCCUACACAAGUCCUCCAACACCAACAUCGUGCUGAAAAACAAUCUUUCUGACUUGAGUCUAAAUGUUAUAAGCCGAAUGGUGCUUGGUAAGAAGUACACCGACGAGUCCAAGGAUUCGAUUGUGAGCCCUGACGAGUUCAAGACAAUGCUUGACGAGCUCUUCUUGCUGAGUGGAGUGUUGAAUAUUGGGGAUUCAAUUCCUUGGCUUAAUUUCUUGGACUUGCAGGGGUACAUAAAGAGAAUGAAGGCUUUGAGCAAGAAGCUGGAUAGGUUCUUGGAGCAUGUAUUGGAUGAACAUAAUGAGAGGAAAAAGGCAAAGGACUUUGUUGCAACAGAUAUGGUGGAUGUGCUUUUGCAGCUAGCUGAUGAUCCCAACCUUGAAGUUAAGCUUGAGAGGGAUGGAGUCAAGGCCUUCACUCAGGACCUAAUUGCUGGAGGGACAGAGAGCUCAGCCGUGACAGUGGAGUGGGCAAUCUCGGAGCUCUUAAGGAAGCCGGAGAUAUUCAAGAAGGCAACUGAGGAGCUAGACAGGGUGAUCGGAAGAGAAAGAUGGGUUGAAGAGAAGGACAUUGCAAACUUACCCUUCCUUGAUGCCAUUGCAAAGGAAACCAUGAGGCUCCACCCUGUGGCACCCAUGUUGGUGCCUAGAGAAUCCCGUGAAGAUUGCCAAGUAGCUGGCUACGACAUUCCUCAGGGAACCAGAAUCCUAUUGAGUGUGUGGACAAUAGGAAGAGACCCUAAUUUGUGGGAAAAUCCAGAUGAGUUUUGCCCUGACAGGUUCAUUGGCAAGGAUAUUGAUGUCAAGGGCCAGGACUUCGAGCUUUUGCCAUUUGGUUCAGGCAGGAGGAUGUGUCCUGGUUACAGUCUUGGCAUCAAGGUCAUUCACUCAAGUCUAGCUAAUCUGUUACAUGGGUUUACGUGGAGAUUGCCUGAUGGCAUGAAGAACGAGGAUUUGAACAUGGAAGAGAUUUUUGGGCUUUCAACACCCAAGAAAUUCCCCCUUGUAGCUGUCGCUGAACCUCGUCUUCCAGCUCAUGUUUACUCUCUGUGAUGUGAUUACAUAAUCAGUUUUGUUUUUAGCAACUUCAAGCUACUACCUAGCUAGAAUAAUCAGUGCUGAGUUUCCAACUUUUGCUACAUAAGAUUUGCUAGUCUUAUGCAUACUCAAUUUGCAUGGCUUUUUCCUAGCUAUAUAAUUAUGCUAAUAUAUGGUAUGUGUUUGAUUCUGGAUCCAAAUGUGGCACUAUCUUUCGGGUUCGCUAUCUUAUCAGUAAGAAAGGGACUAAGGGAGACAGAUGUGGAGAUGCCUUAGAAUCCACUCUGCAUAGUCAACCGAACUCUCACCAUCUUUCACACAAAGUGCAAUGAUAAAGCAAAA